GGAAGUGUGCCCAUUUCCGCUUUUGAACGACAGUCACCCUGGAAUACACAGUGUGUGUAACAUACGUCAAAGGAAAAGUAAGUGCACUUUCCGAUCGCACGGUCUAGACACUCAGGAGCUGGACAUGAUUACAACCUGAAACAGGAAGCCAUCGAAGUGGCUAUGUUCGAACAAGGUGACCUUAACAACUGGGGCAAAACGUGUAUUUAGGUUGAACACUUUCAGGAAUUCCAAGUCAUUGCGACAAUAUUCUUUGGAAUUCAAAGAAUCCAUGAACAAUUGUGACAACGACCUGUUUGUGAAAAUGAUGAAUACUGUUAUGAUGUUGACAACUGCGAUAGAUUAGUAUAUUGUGUGUAGUUUCGGAUGAAGACAUUGGAAUUAUAGCAUCAGAAUGAAUGGACUACACAGUGUCCAUUAUCACAAUAGUGUAGACGGAUUCCAAAAAGAUUGUAAAUACCAGCCUAACACCUCCAUCGUAAGUGGUGCCCUCGCAGACAAGUAUGACGUCCAGGGAGAAAUUGGCAGGGGCAAGUUUGCUGUGGUGAAGCGCUGUGUCAACAAAGAAAAUGGCGAUGUUGUGGCUGCUAAGUGUAUACGCAAGCGACGUAGAGGCAAGAGUUGUCGCGAAGAAAUCCUUCGUGAGGUUGUCAUGUUGGAAAUGGCACUGGAACAUCCAAGAUUAGUCGACCUCAAGGAAGUGUUUGAAACUCAGAGUGAACUCAUCCUGAUCACAGAGUAUUGUUCGGGUGGAGAGCUGUUCACGGAAUGUGUGAUCGAGGAGUCUUUUAGUGAAAAGGAUGUCGUUUGCAUGAUGGUUCAAAUCCUGGAGGGCCUUGUCUACCUACAUGAGAAAAAUAUUGUCCACCUUGACCUAAAGCCCCAAAAUAUCCUUCUGACCAAACCCUUCCCACACGGGACCAUCAAGCUGUGUGACCUUGGCUUCGCCUGUCUCGUUAACACCGGGGAGGAUAUACGUGAUAUUAUUGGCACGCCUGAUUAUGUUGCACCUGAAGUUUUGAGUUACGAGCCUUUAGGCCUCUACACAGACAUGUGGAGCUUGGGGGUUUUAACCUAUGUGAUGCUGACGGCUUGCUCUCCCUUUUGUGGUAAGACCCAGAAUGAGACAUUUCUCAACAUAUCUCAGGUAAACCUAGACUUCCCAGACAAUCUGUUCUCCAACAUCUCACCAGGAGCUCAGGAUUUCAUCAAACUUCUGCUGGUAAAGGAGCCAAGUGAAAGAUUAACAGCUAAGCAGUGUUUAGAACACUCCUGGAUAAAAAGUGCUGACACAGUAGAUCCACGUCCUGAUAAAGUGGCUGACAGUGCCCCGGAAAGCCACCUAGAAACUCUCACAGAUCAGGCAGGCUCAUGUGAGUCUCUGCUCAACGAGAGCUGUAGUGACUCAGCGAUGAAGAGUGAGGAUGAGAAAGAUAAUGAGGAUGACAUUGAAAACAGACUACAUAGUAGUACUCAGCAAAAUCUCAGUGGCAAACACCAAAGUGAAAUUUGUGAAAAUAAAACUGGAGGUAGAAUAGAAAAUUCUAGAACAGAGGGUGUUGAUAAUGUGUACAGAACUCGAUUAGAGAUUAUUUCUACAAAUCGUAUGAACAAGUGCAAUUCAACAGAUGAGGGCAGAACACCGGAUGAUUCAGACAUUGAUGAUAAAAAGAAAGUCCAUGUUGUGUGCUGCUCACCAGAGUGCCAAUCAUCAGAUCAACAGGAUGUCAACAGUAACAACGGAGGCUCACCAACACAUAUAUGACAGCAAAGGUUUUAGUUCUCUAUACCAACAUAUCCUAGGUUAUAGUUGUCGGGGUAACACCUAAUAUAACCCCGGUUAUAGUUGUCGGGGUAACACCUAAUAUAACCCCGGUUAUAGUUGUCGGGGUAACACCUAAUAUAACCCCGGUUAUAGUUGUCAGAUAUAACAACCAAACAUAUCCUAGGUUAUAGUUGUCAGGUAUAACACCUAAUAUAACCCCGGUUAUAGUUGUUGGGGGUAACACCUAAUAUAACCCCGGUUAUAGUUGUCAGAUAUAACAACCAAACAUAUCCCUGGUUAUAGUUCUCGGGUAACACCUGAUAUCCCAGGUUAUAGUUGUCGGGGUAACACCUAAUAUCCCAGGUUAUAGUUGACAGGUAUAUCACCCACACAUAUCCCAGGUUAUAGUUGUCAGGUAUAUCACCCACACAUAUCCCUGGUUAUAGUUGUCAGGUAUAUCACCCACACAUAUCCCAGGUUAUAGUUGUCAGGUAUAUAUAUCACCCACACAUAUCCCUGGUUAUAGUUGUCAGAUAUAACAACCAAACAUAUCCUAGGUUAUAGUUGUCGGGGUAACACCUAAUAUCCCAGGUUAUAGUUGUUGGGGGUAACACCUAAUAUAACCCCGGUUAUAGUUGUCAGAUAUAACAACCAAACAUAUCCUAGGUUAUAGUUCUCGGGUAACACCUGAUAUCCCAGGUUAUAGUUGUCGGGGUAACAACUUAUAUCCCAGGUUAUAGUUGUCAGGGUAACACCUAAUAUCCCAGGUUAUAGUUGACAGGUAUAUCACCCACACAUAUCCCAGUUGUCAGGUAUAUCACCCACACAUAUCCCUGGUUAUAGUUGUCAGGUAUAUCACCCACACAUAUCCCAGGUUAUAGUUGUCAGGUAUAUCACCCACACAUAUCCCAGGUUACAGUUGUCGGGGGUAACACCCAGACAUAUUCCUGGUUAUAGUUGUCAGGUAUAUCACCCAUACAUAUCCCAGGUUAUAGUUGUCGGGGGUAACACCCAGACAUAUUCCAUGUUAUAGUUGUCAGGUAUAUCACCCACACAUAUCCCAGGUUACAGUUGUCAGGUUUAACAUCCAGACAUAUUCCAUGUUAUAGUUGUCAGGUAUAACAUCCAAACAUAUCCCUGGUUAUAGUUGUCAGAUAUUACAUCCAAACAUAUCCCAGGUUAUAGUUGUCAGGGUAACACCCAGACAUAUUCCAUGUUAUAGUUGUCAGGUAUAACACCCAGACAUAUCCCAGGUUAUAGUUGUCAGGGUAACAUCCAAACAUAUCCUAGGUUAUAGUUGUCAGGGUAACAUCCAAACAUAUCCCAGGUUAUAGUUGUCAGGGUAACAUCCAAACAUUUAUCCUAGGUUAUAGUUGUCAGGUAUAUCACCCACACAUAUCCCAGGUUAAAGUUGUCAGGUAUACACUGUAUCACCCAAACAUAUCCCUGGUUAUAGUUGUCAGGAUUAACACCCAGACAUAUUCCAUGUUAUAGUUGUCAGGUAUAUCACCCACACAUAUCCUAGGUUAUAGUUGUCAGGAAUAACACCCAGACAUAUUCCAUGUUAAAGUUGUCAGGUAUACACUGUAUCACCCACACAUAUCCCUGGUUAUAGUUGUCAGGAUUAACACCCAGACAUAUUCCAUGUUAUAGUUGUCAGGUAUAUCACCCACACAUAUCCCAGGUUACAGUUGUCAGGGUAACACCCAGACAUAUCCCAUGUUAUAGUUGUCAGGUUUAACAUCCAAACAUAUCCUAGGUUAUAGUUGUCAGGUAUAUCACCCACACAUAUCCCUGGUUAUAGUUGUCAGGAUUAACACCCAGACAUAUUCCAUGUUAUAGUUGUCAGGUAUAUCACCCACACAUAUCCUAGGUUAUAGUUGUCAGGAAUAACACCCAGACAUAUACACCAGGUUAAAGUUGUCAGGUAUACACUGUAUCACCCACACAUAUCCCUGGUUAUAGUUGUCAGGAUUAACACCCAGACAUAUACACCAGGUUAAAGUUGUCAGGUAUAUCACCCACACAUAUCCCAACUCUAUAUUGAUACUAUGCUUGAAUUAUUUUUCUACAGCUUUAUGAAAUAUUACUCUUAAUGCCAGUAUUAAUGUCAAAAUAUUUUAUAUGGUAGCAAGAUAUUGAUGUGCUAAUAUUGUGGGUAGCAUGGUUUAGUAAUGCAAGGGAGCUUACUCUUGGGUUUUGAUUUUUUUUAAUUAUUAUUUUGCUAGCAAUUUCUUUAUCAUACUAUACUUCAUUAACAUGUUUACAUCAGUUCUGUCAUUUGUAAAUCUGAAAGUAAAUUAAAAUCUUUAAAAAGUUUUUAAUUGUCCAUGAAGUCAGGUACAUCAAACAUAUAAGUUAAUUUUGAUCAUGGAUUUUAUAUAUGCUACAUAUCAGGUAGGUAAAGGUAUAUGUAUUUUAUGUCUGCUUGGAUCACCUUUGUACAGGGUAAGCUAAUGGCCAAAUAUUAUAAAUAUUCUACAGCCUACAUUUUGCUUUUGUUGUGUCUGUACUUGCCUCAGAAAUCAAUAUUCCGUGCAGACACAUAAAUUUAUUGAAGCUUUUAAGGUUCAUAGUUUUCAUGCUGUACAUUGUGUAAUAAUAUGGCAAACAUUCAUAUAUAAUCCAUAUCUUUUUACAGUUUUCGGUUUUUUUUUUUUUUUUUUUUUAAAUUCAAUUUUCAAUUACUUUGGUGAUAAGAUUGAGAAUGCCUUUUACAAAAUUUGUACUGGGCUACACUAAGUGCUGUUCUACAUAAAUAUACAGUUAACGAAAGUGCUGUCAUUCUUCAUUUCAUUGAGAUGAUAUUGAAUCAUGUUGAUUUUGAUGAUUGUUUAUAAUGGUCAUGCUACACGUUAUGUUGAGUAUCUUAACAGUUAACUUAGUAGCCAUUAUCAGAACAAUUGCUACCGUAUUAAUCUAGCAAUAAACCCAACCAUGUACAUCUAUAUUAUGUAGUUCAAUGAAAAUGCUUAUAGAUGUUUUUUUCAUUAUCCUGCGCUAAGCCUACCCAUUACUGUGAGUCAGGGUUGACUUAUUGUCCCUCUAGGGUUAUUAUGGGACAAAUACGGUAAUUAACCUUUGUUUGUGUUGAAAACACCACAUCAAUUAUCAAUCACAUCAAUAAAGGCACUAUUUGUCUUACCAUAAAGAGAAGAGCUGUGACAUUGUCUGUAGGUGUGUGCAUGAGGGUGUGUGUGUGUGUGUGUAUGCAUUCAUGACAAGGCCAUCUAUCCUCUAUCAUUAAGACAUUUGUACUUGUAUUGUUUAUGCUGCAUGGCAGUGUUCAACUCUUAUUAUUUUGCUUGUUCUGACCAGUCAGAAGUUUUGCAUUAGUUUGUGCAUAAGUGAAUUGACAGGUGCAUAAAUGUAGGUGUUGAGGAUGCUGCUGCGAACGAGGAUGUAGAGUUAUCCCCCCUUCAAUAUCCGUAGAAGUUGAAGCAGUAUUAGAGAAAUCGGACUGUUGUUGAAGUUGGAUUUGUUUUUACCUAUAUAUGAUCAUUGUUAGAUAUUCUACAAAUAUGUUUUAAAGGACCACAACAAACAUAGUGCAAUUUUAAACUUAGAUAUUAGUGUUACUGUUAGAGUAUGUACAUGUUGUUAUAUAUAUAUAUAUAUAAAUAUAUAUACGUAGGUAGUGAAUCUGUGUCAUUGUCACUCUGUUACUAUGCAAACCAACACCCCUGGCCAAUCCAUGUUGAUAAUUAUAAUGAAACACAAUGUUUAGUACCCCUGUCGGGGUGAAGGUCAUAUGUCUACACUAUAUCUCUGAGAAAAGGCUUCCUUCUGGUCUUUGAAAGAUCGGUUCUGACAUAUUUUAUUAUUUUCAUAUAUUUGAGUAUUUUUCAUUAAUACAUUAUGUAAAUCGUUUAUAAAGGCUUCCAUCAUCAUAUGCUGUCAUACAAUUUUUUUUUUUAAAAUAAUGAUACGCUGGAACCUCUCUCUAACAUUUAACAGAAACAGUCUUGAAGCAUUUUAGGGAAAUGAAAUAUCAUAUGCAAACAAUGUUUUUAUUCUAUCAACAAAUUAUUUUAUUUUGCAAGGGUAUGGUUAUCACCACAGACUUAGCCUGUGGUUUCGACCAGCCAAAUUCCUAGAGACAUUAAAAAUAUGUCGAUUAAUGAUGACACCAGCACAAAUAGUGAGGGUUUGGAUUAUAAAUUAGUCCCAAAUUAUUCUGAAUAUCUAUCUGCUUUAAAAUACUGCUUGGGGUGUAUGGGAUUCACCUCUAGCAGUAUAUUAUAUGGAUUAGUAGUCGGAGUAAUUCAGAUUAUAAAUAUGAAGACACAAUGUGAGUACAAUGAAAUAAACAUCUUUAUAAAGACACUUUCUGAUGAAAGCAUUGGAACAAAUUGUAUGGCUAUUUAAUCCUAAAUCUGGAUUUAGGUAUUAAAUUUUGCGACUGCGGUUAUAACUGGACCGUAGUGACCUAUGAUUUUAACAUGGAUUUCAGAGAAGUUGAUAACAACCCUGCUUCUUGUAUCCAGGUCAUGUUGACCAGUUUUACAUUGUACAUAUAUCUGGUUAUGGUGAUUUUGAUCCUGCCAUCACUUCAUUAUAUAAAACCAUGCCUGUUUAGCUGUUGUUAUUUACAUAAAGUGCUAAUUUCCCUUAUCUAUUUAAGUACUGUUUGUUUGUUUGUUUGCUGGAUAUAUCACCCGAUGAACAGCCAAGGUCAUUUUGAGGUGGGGUCUCCUUGUGGUAGUUGGUGACUUAAUACUGGAAGACUGUCACAUGCCAUCCAGAGUAAUCAUGGUGAAGUGUCUUGCCCAAGGACACAAGCACGACAGCACAGACCGGUCUGUUUCUCAGUUUUCCUAAAAAAUAAACUUAACACGAUAGGAAGCGUCAAACCACACACCUCAGACUUUCACCUGAGAAUAUGUGGCCCUCGCUCUAACUAACUGAGCUAUCGCAGCCCCGGUAUUUGAAUACUCAGUGUUCCAAAGUGACUAUAUGUCAAUAUAAUAUUGUAUAUUAUGCAUGAUGUAGUUAUAUAUAAUUACAAAACGCAAAGAGAUACAUAAAAUAAUCAGUCUGAUACUGUUGCCACGUUUAUAGAGUUAGAUUUCACACUAAGAUACUACACUGAACAAGUUCAAGUUUUCUUCCUCAAAGCUUUUGAAGCAAAAUGGAUGAUCUUUUUUACAGUAUAAUUACAUCACAGAUCAUCAUUUCUGUAUUUAAUUUAAUAUCAACUCAUUUAUGUUUGCGCCUUGUAUUCAAGCAAAAAAUAAUAAACCUUUUGAAAUUUUAGAAAUAUUUUGAACCAUCUAAGUUUCUUCCAGUCAAUCACACAGUGCAUUUAAUAUCAGUAUGAUGUGCCUUAAUUUGUGUAUGAUACAGUGCCUUGUGUUUGAUAAAUGACUUUACAAUAUAUGCUCAACAUUGUUGAAGCAGAUUUUCCAUAGUGGAAAGUUUUGUAUAUCUUUUUUCCGGUGCAAAAUGAAACUCUACUAUUAAAACAUGUGUAGAAUGUAUUGUUGUUUUGGCUGGAGUAAUUCCUUAAUUUACCUCGACUGCCUCAUCCUUUUUGUCAGGUGAUAUAAAAUGGUAGAUGAAAAUAUUAACUGAGAGGCUGUUUAUUUUUUUCUGUUGCUGCCUAAAAUUUUACAAGAAUUAGAUUAUUAUUUUUUGAAACUAUUUAAGUUUGUAGACGACCAAGAUUUAAAUUAUUUGAUUUGAAACUGUUUAAGCUUGUAGAUGACCAAGAUUUAAAUUAUUUGAUUUGAAACUGGAAACCGUUUAAGCUGGUAGAUGAUCAAGAUUUGAAUUAUUUCAUUUGAAAUUGUUUAAGCUUGUAUAUGACCAAGAUUUAGAUUAUUUGAUUUGAAACUGUUUAAGUUUGUAGACGACCAAGAUAUUGACAUACAUAAUUGAUUUUAUUUUUCCUCUUUGAUAACAUGUUCAACAACCAGAUCAUUGCAUUUAUAUGAUUAUCAUGCCAAGUAUUUGUUUAUAGUAAGUGUAAGAUUCUUUGUAACGGUGAGGUCACAGUUGCUGUGAUUUAAAUUGACAUACUGGAGGGCUUCCUUCUCAGAAGACUCAGCUGUUUUUCUGAACACUUGAGUCACUCUUCAGUAUGAUUUACUUUCUUUCAACAUCUCUGAGGUAUUUUUGUUCAAUUCUGACUUACCAAGAGUAGAAAUAGAUCAGCAUAUAUUCACUUUACUCCCCAGAAUACUUUCUGAUUCAUUUUUCAUUAAUCUUCAUGAGAUGUGUAAUAUCCUCACUUUCUAGGCUUGGGAGAGGGUGGGGCGUGAAUUAAGUUUGUUCAAUGGUAAAACUCUUGAAGCAUGCCUUUCAAAGGGACUAGACAUAUGUGAAAUGAAUCCGCUCUCCGAAAGAAUAUACACAUUUUCAUCACAGUUAUUGUCAGGAACAUUUAGUUAAGUUUUAAAUGUAGACUAAUAUUUCUAUCUUGAUUGUUAAACUGUUGAUAGCCGGGCUAGUAAUACAUGUACUUUUUUUAUCAUUGAUAAUGACAAUGUAAAAGUUCUAGGACUUGAGACCCGAUAUAUUUCUAAUGUUUUUGAUAUUGACGAGUUAAAACUCCUAUGACAUGAGAUCAGUAAUAUUUCUAACAUUGAUAAGAGAAGUCAUCACUUUUCACAUUUUUAAUUGUUUUACUUUGUUCUUAUGUGUAUAUUUCUCAUAUUUGUUGUAACACCAAUUUUGAUCAGCAAAUUUAAUUGUCAAUUUCUUCAGUAAUGUGAAACUCAAUAAAUAUCCAUUAUCAAUAUAUGGUUUACAUACACUUUUAAAAUAUAUAGGUAAUUUUAAUGUUUACAGGUAAUUUUCAGUAAAGAUUACACAUAUUUGUCAUUUUCUGAAAAUGGCCUUUAAGUUUACAAGUCAUCUGUAAAGUUUACAUGUAAUUGUUUAGAUAGUUUACAUGUAAUUACUAGUUCAGUUUACAGGUAAUUAUCAGUUGAGUUUACAGGUAAUUGUCUGUACAGUUUACAGGUAAUUAUCAGUUCAGUUUACAGGUAAUUAUCUGUACAGUUUAUAGGUAGUUAUCUGUUUAGUUUAUAUGUAAUUAUCUGUUUAGUUUACAGGUAAUUAUCUGUACAGUUUAUAGGUAAUUGUGUGUACAGUUUACAGGUAAUUAUAUCUGUACAGUUUACAGGUAAUUAUCAGUUCAGUUUACAGGUAAUUGUCUGUACAGUUUACAGGUAAUUAUCUGUACAGUUUACAGGUAAUUAUCUGUUUAGUUUACAGAUAAUUGUCUGUACAGUUUAUAGGUAAUUAUCUGUUUAGUUCACAGGUAAUUGUCUGUUCAGUUUACAGGUAAUUAUCUCUUUAGUUUACAGGUAAUUAUCUGUACAGUUUACAGGUUAUUGUCAAUGAUGUGUACAGGUAAUUAUCUGUACAGUUUACAGGUAAUUAUCUGUACAGUUUACAGGUUAUUGUCAAUAGUUUACAGGUAAUCAUAGGUAGAGUUUACAGUAUGUAUAGUUAACAGGUAAUUGGCAGUGUAGUUUACAGGUAAUUAUCUUAUCUGUUUACAGGUUUGUUUUGGUGAAGUUUACAGGUAAUUGCCUGUUCAGUAUACAGGUAAUUAUCUGUAUAGUUUACAGGUAAUUAUCUGUAACUAGUUUACAGGUAGUUGUCAGUAUAGUUUACAGAUGUCGGUAUAGUUAAGACAUGUCAGUAUAGUUUACAUAUCGUUGUAUAGGUAUAUGUUCUAAUGUUUAGUGUUUACAAUUGAUGACUAUUUUUGUAUAGAAAUUGGCUACAACUAAUGCUUGGUUGUGUUUAUGUUGUAAUUGUGUGAUCUAGAUGUUACUUGUUGCUAGAUGUAGAUAUAUAUGUAUUAACAUGAUAAAUAAAAUAAUAUUAACAUUUUA